AUGGUGAAGUUCAGGCAUUACAAACCUCGGUCAUUACAAAUUUGCAGUCGUGAGAGAAAAAAAUAUGACGCUUUUUUGAGCUUUCGAGGUCCCGAUGUGAAAAAAACAUUGGUUGAUCAUCUCUAUCAAUCUCUCUUCCCUGCUGGAGUGAAUGUCUUCAUAGACAGUGAGAAACUGGAAAAGGGGCAAAAUAUUGGAACAAAUCUGGAGCAAGCCAUUCAAGAUUCUACCAUCUAUAUACCCAUAUUUUCUCCUGAUUACUCUACUUCAGAGUGGUGCCUGAAAGAAGUCUCCCUCAUGUGGAAGCUCAAAUCCACUAGCACAUACCCUAUAGUGAUGAUACCUCUUUUUUAUAAUGUUGAACCAUGUGAAGUCAGAUAUGCUGAGUGGAUAGGACCAUAUGCUGAGGCUUUCACUAAACAUCGGACAAAAGGUAGGCAUAGCGAAGGGGAGAUAGAAGGAUGGAGUGAUGCGCUAAACCGAGUCUCUUGUUUAUCUGGGUGGUCUCUCAAGGAAACGUCCUUCGGGUUCGAAGGGAGGCUUGUGAAACAAGUGGUAAAGGACGUUCUCCAGACAUUGGACAUUGGAGUGUUAGAUGUAGCCAUACGCCCUGUGGGACUCAUUCCUCGCUGUGACGAGGUGAUUAAGUUGUUGAAACUGGGCGAUAAGACAAGUGAUAAAUUCACCCUUGGUGUUUGGGGCAUGGGUGGUCUGGGUAAAACCACCCUGUCAAAAGCCCUUUAUAACAAGAUCCAUCACUUCUUCGAAGCUUCUAGUUUUGUAUCUAAUGUAAAAUCAGAGUCGUCCAUCCGGGGUCUUAGAAAAUUGCAACAACAGAUCUUCAGGGAUCUGCUGAAAACACAGGUAAAGGUAGAUAAUAUAGAUCAUGGAAAAGUUCCAAUGAGGAAUCGUUUGGCAUCCUUACGAGCACUGGUGGUUUUGGAUGAUAUUGACAAUGUGCAACAGUUGGAUGCUCUCAUGGGUGACUGGUUUGGAAAUGGUAGCAGAAUAAUCAUUACAACCCGAGAUAAACGUGUCUUGGAGGUGCGACAAGUUGAUUUGACUUACCCCAUGAGAGGACUUGAACUUGCUGAAGGUGUGGAGUUAUUCAGUUGGCAUGCCUUUCUCAGAGCCCAUCCCCAAAGAGGUUAUGAAGAUAUAACGGAGAGCAUUGUGAAAUCUUGCUCAGGUCUUCCUUUGUGCUUGGAAAUUAUAGGCACAGACUUGUAUAAUAGAAAUCACAUUGCAUAUUGGACCGAGGCUCUACGCAAACUUGAAAAUGUAGGCCACAAUUCUGUUCUUGAAACCCUUAAAAUUAGUUACGAUACUUUAACCCAUGUAGAGAAACACAUCUUUUUAGACAUAGCCUGCUUUUUCGUCAACCUCAAGAGCAGCAUCUUCAUUCAGAAUAGGGCUUUCAAUAUGGAAUUUUAUGAUAGAUUCUGGACUUCUCUAGGGUACGAGCCUGUGUAUACAAGCCUUAAAACUCUUGAAGAGAAGGCACUCAUUGUAGUACAUAAGCACAGAUACAGUGAGGCCAUAGAUGAGGAUAUAGAUGAGGGGGAUCACUCAGGUCAGUACUUUUGCGAAUUUUCCAUGCAUGAGCUGAUAAGAGACAUGGGUAGACGAAUUGUUGUAGAGGAAUGGGAGAAGGAUCCAGCCAAACGCAGUAGAGUUUGGAGGGAGGAGGAUAUAAGUACACUAAUGGCUUCUACUACAAUCCAGGUACUGUUUAUCCUCUGUUCCACCCUUCACAGCAAUAAGUUGUUUUGUAAGUUUUUUGUUCAAUUUUCAAAUCUGAAAGCAAAAAUGAUGCAUUUAGUAUUACUGACGAGGUAUGGGUUGGGUCAGGAUGUUUUGAGGUCUAGAAACCUCAAACGUAUAGGGCCUAAUGUGGAGAAUGCGCAUGGAGCUUCAGCAUAUAGAUACUUUGGCACCAAUGCAGAAAUUAGUUUUCUUGAUGUGCUGGAAAUUCCAAUUAACAUGGCCGUACAAGAGACCGCUGGUGACCGUAAUGGAUCAUCUGUGCGGUCCUCUGUUCUGCCUAAAUCUGUAGCCCAACUCAUAUAUCUGCGAUACCUGGAUAUGAGCGGUACUAAACAAACCUGCCUUCCAAAAGAAGUCUGUGAACUUCACUGUCUGGAGGAGUUAUGUUUAAGUAGAUGCAGUUUAGAGGCCCUGCCUGAAGCUUUUGGAAAUCUUAUCAAUCUAAAGACGCUCGACGUUAGCAACAAUUUCUUGUUAGAAUUUCCACCAAGCUUUCAACAUCUGCAAUCUCUAAGGAAUCUUGAGAUGGAUUGGAAUGAACAACUUGUGGCAUUUCCUUCUCUUCCAAACAAUCUGAUUGCUCUCAGUGCCAGAAGAUGCUCAAAAUUGCAAGUGAUAUCUCUCGAUAUCAUGCGUUCUUUAGAGACAAUAGAUCUAUCUCACUGCAAAAGCGUCACUCGACUUCCAGAAUUGGAAAGUUGCAUAUCCUUGAGAAAUCUGAAUGUAGAUGGGUGUAAGCAGUUUGUUAAAUUGGAUGCUCUUCCACAAAGGCUCGCUUCUUUACGCAUUUCAGGCUGCUCACAAUUGCAAGAUUUCCCCUUCAUCCACCAGCGAAGAGAUGUGGUCCCUGCUUUCGCACGCUCCCAUAUGUCUGGUGCCCGAACCGAAUCAUUCGGCGGGAAUGAAGUGCAAAGCUUGUGCAUGAUAGGCUGUGACCGCAUUCGACUAAAUAUUUACUAA